GAGGCAGAGGUUGCAGUGAGCCAGGAUCAUGCCAUUGUACUCCAGCCUGGGCAGCAGAGUAAGACUCCAUCUCAAAAUAAUAGCAGUAACAAUACUAAUAAAUUAGGGGAACACAUUCAUGUGUAAAUGCCUGUGACUCAGAAUAACUUGCAUUCUGGAAGGUGCGUUCUGGCCUUGGCGGACAGAACAUGGUCUCACCAUAUAGCACAACACUCUCAUGGGCUCUCCUUACUUAAAUGAGAUCUGGAGUUUGAAGCAAAAUGAUUUCUACCUGUGGUACAAGGAACUGGUCUUAGUCAGGUCAGCGUUCUCACUUUAUCACUGGUGGACUCUCUUCACAAAGAGUUCUAGUCACAUUAUCUCCUCCUAGUAUCACUGACGCUACCCACUGGGCUUCAGAUGAGAACAGCAUGGUGUAUGGUGUGCAAAUGACUGAUUUAAGCAUUUAAAGGAAACUGUGAAUAAAAGCCACUUCCAACAGAAAAAUUCCAAAGACCUGAGCAUGCAGAAUUCCGAGGGUGGAGCGGAUUCGCCAGCAUCCGUGGCUCUGCGUCCCUCGGCGGCAGCCCCGCCUGUGCCAGCAUCCCCACAGAGGGUGUUGGUCCAGGCAGCCAGCUCUGCUCCCAAAGGGGCCCAGAUGCAGCCGAUCUCCCUCCCCAGAGUUCAGCAGUUGCCCCAGCAGGUGCAGCCGGUGCAGCACGUGUAUCCUGCCCAGGUGCAGUAUGUGGAAGGGGGAGAUGCCGUCUACACGAAUGGAGCCAUACGAACGGCUUACACCUACAACCCCGAGCCUCAGAUGUACGCCCCCAGCAGCGCGGCUUCUUACUUCGAGACGUCGGGCGGUGCCCAGGUGACCGUGGCAGCCUCGUCCCCGCCAGCGGUCCCCUCCCACAGCAUGGUGGGCAUCACCAUGGAUGUCGGGGGGAGCCCCAUCGUCUCCAGCACAGGAGCCUAUCUCAUCCACGGGGGGAUGGACAGCACCAGACACUCCCUGGCCCACACCUCCCGGUCAUCUCCAGCCACGCUUGAAAUGGCGAUUGAAAACCUCCAAAAAAGCGAAGGAAUCACAUCACACAAAAGCGGUUUACUCAACAGCCAUCUCCAGUGGCUGUUGGAUAAUUAUGAAACUGCGGAAGGUGUGAGUCUCCCGAGAAGUUCCCUUUACAACCACUACCUUCGGCACUGCCAGGAGCACAAGCUAGACCCAGUGAACGCCGCCUCCUUCGGGAAACUCAUCCGUUCCGUGUUUAUGGGGCUGAGAACGCGGCGGCUGGGCACCAGGGGCAACUCCAAGUACCAUUACUAUGGGAUUCGUCUGAAGCCAGACUCCCCACUGAACCGGCUGCAGGAGGACACGCAGUACAUGGCCAUGCGGCAGCAGCCCAUGCACCAGAAGCCCAGGUACCGGCCAGCUCAGAAGACGGACAGCCUUGGGGACAGCGGCUCCCACAGCGGCCUGCACAGCACCCCGGAACAGACCAUGGCCGCACAGAGCCAGCACCACCAGCAGUACAUAGAUGUCUCCCAUGUCUUCCCCGAGUUCCCAGCGCCCGACCUGGGCAGCGUCCUGCUGCAGGAGGGCGUCACCCUGCACGAUGUCAAGGCCCUACAGCUGGUGUACAGACGGCACUGCGAGGCAACUCUAGAUGUGGUGAUGAACCUCCAGUUCCACUACAUCGAGAAGCUGUGGCUCUCCUUCUGGAACUCGAAGGCCUCCUCCAGCGACGGCCCCACCUCUCUGCCUGCCAGUGACGAAGACCCCGAGGGUGCUGUCCUGCCUAAGGACAAGCUCAUCUCCCUGUGUCAGUGCGACCCCAUCCUCAGGUGGAUGAGGAGCUGCGACCACAUCCUCUACCAGGCACUGGUGGAGAUUCUCAUCCCCGACGUGCUAAGGCCAGUCCCCAGUACCUUGACACAGGCCAUCCGUAACUUCGCCAAGAGCUUGGAAGGCUGGUUGACAAACGCCAUGAGCGACUUCCCACAACAGGUCAUCCAGACCAAGGUGGGCGUCGUCAGUGCCUUUGCCCAGACGCUGCGGCGCUACACGUCCCUCAACCACCUGGCGCAGGCGGCCCGGGCGGUGCUGCAGAACACGUCCCAGAUCAACCAGAUGCUCAGCGACCUCAACCGCGUGGACUUUGCCAACGUGCAGGAGCAGGCCUCGUGGGUGUGCCAGUGCGAGGAGAGCGUGGUGCAGCGGCUGGAGCAGGAUUUCAAGCUGACCCUGCAGCAGCAGAGCUCCCUGGACCAGUGGGCCAGCUGGCUGGAUGGCGUGGUCACCCAGGUCCUGAAGCAGCAUGCCGGCAGCCCCAGCUUCCCCAAGGCCGCCCGGCAGUUCCUGCUGAAAUGGUCCUUUUACAGCUCUAUGGUGAUCCGGGACCUGACCCUGCGCAGCGCCGCCAGCUUUGGCUCCUUCCACCUCAUCCGCCUGCUCUACGAUGAAUACAUGUUCUACCUGGUGGAGCACCGCGUCGCCGAGGCCACCGGGGAGACGCCGAUUGCCGUGAUGGGAGAGUUCAAUGACCUUGCCUCUCUGUCGCUGGCACUGCUUGACAAAGACGACAUGGGUGAUGAGCAGCGCGGCAGUGAGGCAGGCCCGGACGCCCGCAGCCUGGGUGAGCCCCUGGUGAAGCGUGAGCGCAGCGACCCCAACCACUCCCUGCAGGGCAUCUAGCCCCGCGGGGCUCCGGAAGAUGCCACCCAGUCGCUCUGGGAACCUGGACUUCACCGGCUGCACCGAAUUAGUGCCUAUUAGACCAUGCGAUGUUUACCUUGACUCAAGUGGGGGCUCCGGGGUCAGCGUGCCCUUAAAGGCCGAGAUGGUUCCAGAAGAAAAGCAGUUGUUGAAGCUGCGGAAGCUCGGGCCGGGGCUCCCACUGGCUGUGGCCGUGCUCUGGGUCCCCAGGACCCUGUGCAGCCACCAAGGCCACACCAGACCGUGGGUUCCUUGUUCUGGACAAACCCUCCUCUGCUGGAACUCUGGACUUUGGCCUGGGUCCCUUUAAGAGCUACAGGGGCUGUGCAGAGAACGCUGGCCCUUGCGCUCAACUGGAACCAAUUUUCACCAUAAUUUAAAUUUUUUUUUUAAUCUGGCAGAGCCCAAAUAGUAAGGGAUGGCAUCUCCCCUCCUACCUGCCACUGUUGGGUGGGCACAGAGCGUCCCUGGAGUCCCUCAGGAAUGGAAAGUGGAGUGCCCUUGUCUGGUACCACCAUGUGGAGAGACCCCCUGGGCCCGGCGCCCUGUGGCCUGUCAGAGCCAGACCGCCCUGCCUGAUGCACUGAGGCGGGAGGCUAGCAGGCUGCAGGGACCAUCUCCAGAUGCCAGAGGACUUGAGGGGCAGCUGACAAUUGCUGUGCCCCAGACAGACUGCGGCUCAAAAAAGAACAAGCCACAGAAAUGGGACAACUCGUGCCAGGACACAGCAGUGUCUUUCAGAAAAUCAAAACCACAGUUUUACCAGCAACGGGAAGGAUCUGGGGUUCUGUCCAAGUUCACCGUCACCAUCAAGCUGCUGGCUCUGGAAGGAGUUUGUCCAACAGGGUCACUGUCACAGCCAUGACUUCAGAAAGCAGCCAUCCCGCGUGUCCCUGUCCCAGCAGCAGUGCCUGCGUCCCGGUCCACGGAGUCUUCCAGAACACCUCCCUCUCAAUCAAUCCCGGAGUACCCUAACCCCCAGUGAGUCCCACCUUGACCUCUUCAAAGUCAAAACUCUUCUCUGGGGACAAAUAAAUAUUCGGGACUUUCGAAGCCCCGAACUUGAGACACCGAAUUUGUCUCCAUGGAAACACGUAAGCACUGCACCUGGCCAGCUGCGUGCUGGAGUUCUGUCCCCAAAGCAGCUGCAAAGAAGGAAGACGAGCCUCAGCCCAGGACACCCCGUCUAACAAAAUGCAAUAGUUUUCUUUUUUUGGAAAAAUGUUUAUACCAAUAGUUUUGUGCUGUAAUUGUUAUUAGAACGUUUCUUUUGGAUGUGUACAUUGCAGUAUAUUCAGUCCCAAAUAUUUUGUUCUCAUUCACCAGAAGGUACUAAUGUCCGCUCAAGUGGCCUUUAAAAACCUACUUCGGCAGGAGCUCGGAGCAUCGCCCGGCCUCCGGAGCUGAGGGCAGGAAGAGAAAAAUGCGCACUCACUUUAGACAUGGAAAGUCCAGAAUCAUCACCCUGUCAUAGUCCAAACCUUAGGUGAAAUUGGACAGAAAGAAUGUCUUUAAAAUAGACGUCUCCUCUCCUGGGAGACACUGAAGCGAUGGUUAAUGGAUUGUAAUGCCCGGCUUUUCCUCACUCCUGGUAACCAAUACAAGCUGGUUUCUGCCUUA